AAAAUGACGAAAUCUACAUUCUUAAGAACAGUUGCACACUAUCUUUGAUGCCAGAAGAACCACUGCGAGAUAAUCAUGGGAAAAUGUUUUUAUUUAUUGUCGGUCAUAAUCCUUUCACAACUAGGGUCAGGAUUACAACAGAGCAUAACCAUAGAGCAGUUUGAGAAAUUUCAAAGCCAAUAUCUAUCGAAUAUUCCGUCGAACGAUGUAACUAACUGCAGUUUAAAUGCUUGCGAAGCAUUAAAAAUGUUGUCGCAUUUGCUGCUGACGAUGAAAUCUUCCAUCCCAUUAAGUACGACUGAAGGAUCUGGAAAACGCUUAAAUCGUAAGCAACAAGUAGUUGCAAAUGAUUCGGAGGAGGACACAGCUCAAAUCGCUAGCAUGUACCUUGAUUUAAAUAAACAAGUGCGUCAAAUUGAAUCUCGAUUACGUUCAGUAGAGCAACCAGUAUGGCGUUUAACGCCAGGCAUUACCAAUGAAUGGAAUCAUUGCACAUCAGGAGUGUGUCGUUGCCAUCCUGAAACCAAGAGUUUUAUUUGCUGGAAUACUAAUUUGAAAUCGGUGCCAGUAACACAGGUGAUACCCAUGAAUAUGGUUAGAAUAGAUAUAUCCCGCAAUUACUUGUCCACCUUACACAAGGAUACUUUUCGAGGCUUAACUUUAUUGCAACAGCUUGAUCUAUCCAACAAUGUACUGGAUUUUCUACCUUUUGAUUUAUUUCGUGAUCUAGACAGUUUAGUGCAGUUGCGCAUACAAAGCAAUCAAUUAGAAGAUUUAGAUCCACGAACGUUUUGGAAGCUGCGCAAUUUAAAUUUGUUGGAUUUGAGCAAAAAUAUGAUUACUGAAUUACCCGAAAGCAUCUUCAAUCACGUACAACGUCUGACUGUAAUCAAUUUAAGCAGCAACAAAAUUAAAAUAUUCCCGCCCGGCCUUUUACGUGAUCAAUUAGUGCUGGAAGAGUUGGACUUGUCGCGCAAUGAAAUCAUUACCUUGCAAUCGGGCAGCAUGAAAUACUUGACACAAUUAAAAGUGCUAGACUUCUCUUGGAACGCAAUUGCUUUUGUAUCAGAUGACUUCUUCGAAGAUCUUAAAAACUUACGCACUCUCAUUCUGCAUAAUAACCGUAUAACAUCAAUUUCUCGCUCCAUUUUUGAAAACCUUGAACAACUCGGUACAUUGGAUUUGACUAUGAAUCGUAUAUCAAAGAUUGAUGGCAACGCGUUCUCCGAGCUGGGCAAUCUACGAGAACUUUUUUUGGGCCAGAACUCAUUGUCGCGCAUGCCACAUGGUCUUUUUUUAAAUGCAAACUCUAUGACAAGACUUGCUUUAUUUUCAAAUAAUCUCACUACUUUAGAGGCUGAUGAUUUUCAAGGGCUUACCAAUCUUAAAUACUUAAUGCUAAAUAACAACAUACUAAAGUAUUUCGAUGGACAAGCGUUUGCACCAUUGCAGAAUUUGGAAAAAUUGCGCAUCGACUCCAAUAAACUCCAAUACUUGCCGCAUGGUGCGCUUUAUGGUUUAGACAAGUUGAUAGCUGUAAAAUUGGAUAAAAAUCCAUGGCACUGUGAUUGUCGUGCGCUGUACUUGGCACGAUAUAUACGUGAACAUCAACACCGUUUAUGGGAUGGUCAGCCCGUGUGCCGUGGCCCAGGUGAUUUGGGUGGCGGUGAAGUGGGUCUCUUACGUUAUGACGAUCUUUGUGAUGGGCAGUGGGCUAGUAUGCUGUCUCUCUCGCCAAGAUUACCGGUGCGCAAACAUCGCAUAUCCACGCCUAUGAAUUAUACCGACUAUUUUAAUUUAUACUUGAAGCACAUUUAUUUUACAACCACAAAUGAAAAUUUGCUAGACGCACAAACCACGCUCAGGACAUCAAGAAGGUUUGAAACAGCUGCUUCCAUAACAAUAUAGAAUAUAUACUUCUGGAAA